ACUCAUUAUCAAUUUCACUCCAAUUGUGUGAACAGUCUCGUCGCUACCUUGAUCGUCUUUGACUAGACGUUCUUUCUCUUGAGAGAAGAUUUCUCCAAGGGCCAUGGUUGCACUUGAUUUCUAUUUCCCAAGGAAGAGACUCUCUGCUUUGGAACCAAAUUUCUCUGGUUCGACGUGUAUCGGAGUCUACAGUUCCGAUGAUUCCAUAGCAGCACAAGAUUACUCUUGUGGCGACAGCUGCGAUGAUUUGGCAACUGUAUCUUCCGCUCGUUGCGAUUUCGACGAACUGUGUGGUCUGGAUUCAGCCUUGGAGAUGAGCUGCAGGUCUAAUGGAGAAGGCCGUGAGGUUCAUGAGGCUGGUGGUGGUAGUGGCGGCACAGACAAGAGUGAGGUUCCAGGGUAUAAUACAAUGUAUGCGAGCGGUUGGAUGUACGUUAAUCAGCAAGGCGAGAUGUGUGGCGCUUAUACGCAACAGCAGCUAUUUGAUGGCCUGUCCACUGGCUUUCUACCUGAGGAUCUUCUUGUAUACCCAACUAUCAACGGUUAUAUGCAAAAUUCUGUACCGCUUAAGUACUUCAAGCAGUUUCCUCAACAUGUCGCCACUGGCUUUGCCUAUCUACAUAAUGGAAUGAUAAAUGUAGUCCCUCACACUGAGACUCGAGCAGAGCAUACAGCUUCUUCUGCUGCUCAUUUGAUUUCCCACCCUCCACAGCCCAGUUCUAAUGGUUCCCUCUUGGAUCAGCGAAUGUUAAACCAGGAGGAAGUGAAUUUGUUAGCUUCGUUCAUCUCAUUGGGAAGCGAACAUGCUUGCUGGUUUCUUGUGGAUGCUGAGGGUAGAAAUCAUGGUCCAUAUUCUUUAUUGGAGCUUUAUAAUUGGCAGCAGCAUGGACAUGUUUCAGAUGCAGCAAUGAUACGGGAUGUUGAAAAUAAGUUAAGACCAAUCACAUUAGCGUCGUUAAUUGGUGUAUGGAGGGAUAAAUGUGGUGGUGAAAAUUGUGACGAAUCAAUGUCUGGGGUGAGCUUCAUAUCUGAAGUAUCUGAGGAACUCUCUUCUCAGCUUCAGAGUGGAAUAAUUAAAAUUGCUAGAAGAGCUCUCCUCGAUGAAAUCAUCAGUAGCACAAUUUCAGACUUUCUUAACGCGAAGAAAAGAGACGAGCAUCUCAAGUCUGAUCCACCCAGUUCUGCUGCCAAUUUUGUUAAAUGCAUAUCGUGUCAAGUUAUCAAUCCGGAGAAAACUGCUGUUUCAACCACUGAAGCAACAGCCUGUGAGAACAUAAAGAAUGAGGAGGAUCCUAGUCGAAUAGUUUCAGAGUCGCUCAAAUACACUAAAUCUGUUGGAAGCGCCGAGAACUUUCAGACAUCUUGCUCAGCUGUAUGUGGAAUCCUUCACAACAAUUGCAUGCAAAUUAUGUGGAAUGCUGUCUUUUAUGAUACUGUGGCAACGUAUACAUCAUCUUGGCGAAAGAACAAACUUUGGUUUCGUUCUCCUGAUACCCCAACCGUUUCGAGCUACUGCAAGGGUUCCCAUACCAACCACUCAGAAAAACCAGAAGCAGCUGAGAGUUUUACUUGUAGGGUGGAUUCCUCUUCCUGCAAAACUGCUAACUCUAAUGCAUAUGACUUAGCUACCAAAGCAGCAAGUUUUCAUGAACCGUCAUCUAGGAGAGUAACCUUACCAGUCAUUGAUGGAACAGAAAGCGUUGUAGCAAGCAUAUCGGAACACGUACAAAGGGAGCUCUUUUCGUCUCUGGAAACUCAUCUGACUGAUUAUAUUGGCAUUCUCAUUGAAGAUGGUGCGAACAUUGCUGCUAGUACUGUCCAAGAUGGCAAAAUGCAUGAGGAAAACUCGUCAUGUUUGGCAAAGUCUGGUGAAAAGGGAGAAUCGUCUGAGCAAAUCACAUCUGAGGAUAUUGUUGCUAAUAUUUUUAUUACAACAUUGCAGACAUCAUCAGACAGUCCGGUCGGUGAUGAAGUUGAUACUCUGGAUAUUCAUGAGCCACCACCACCUGGGUGUGAAAGCGGCAUUACAAGGCCAUCUCUGCGCUGUAACUUUCGGCCUGUAAGGUCCAAAGAAUCCAUUCCUGAGAUUGAAGAAUAUGUUGCAACGGCUUUAUGUAGACAGAAGUUGCAUAAUGUUGUUAUGAAAGAUUGGAAAUCACUGUUCAUGAAGUGUUCUCUUAAGGAAUUCCUUGCUUCACAGAAAGGAAGCCAUCAAGUUUCUCGCAAAGAAACAAUCGCCCCGAGGAAGCUCAAAGCGAUUACUCAGAUCAAAAAGCCAGUAAAGUCUAGUAUAUCAAGUCAUACAGCCGAGAAGCCAAAGAAACAAUGUGUCAGAUCUUCUGAAAAAAUUCUGGUUAAACGAUCUAAGAAACCUCCUUCUAAAGAUACACCCAGUAAAGAUUUGUCACUUAGUAAACCAAGUCAGCCGAAGAUAAGGAAUGCUGUCCAGCAGGAUCAAAUUAUCAUUAAGAAUGUGACGAAGGUUCGGAAAGAAAAGGUUGGUAAAGAUGCUCAUCGCAAGGUGAUUUCUGAGAAAAACCAAGAUGUUGGAAUGGCAGAUGAAUUUGAUGACGAACUUCUUAUAACAAGACUAAGAAGGAUAUCAAAGAGUAAAACAAAAGAGUUAAGAGAAGGUACAGACGCUGGAAAAUCCUGUGAGGAGAUUUCAUUGUCUGCUGAAGAAUCCGUGGAAACUGUUGGCUUCAGAGAUCAUGAGGAAAAUCUUUCAAAUAAGUCUUCUCAGAAAGUGCAAAAAGCUAAUGUAUCAAAGCUAAAGAGAAAGAAUACAUCAGAAGUCGAAGGAGCACAAUCUUGUAGUGGAGCAAACGGAGGAUAUACUGAGAUUUCUGGAAAAGACACUGAUACAGAAAGCCUUGGAUUUGAAACCAGGGAUAAGGCUUCCCAUGAACGCCUCAGCAAGAGACGGAAAAAAGAUGCAGCUAAAGGAAAAAAUAUUGUGGAGAAGUCUGCGUGCAGCGUAUCACAGAAAUCUCUUAAGCCAUCGGAAUCAUCAACUCUAAAGAGAAAGCAUUCAUUAGAUGAAAAUGUCCCCAAGGAUUCUGAGAGUGCUGUUGGAAAUGAAGGAAAGCUUCCUGGCAAUACAUCAAAUAAAAUGCAGAAAGUAGGUUCGAAGAAAUUGAAGCUUAAAAGGAAGCUAUUACCAAAACAUACAACAGAGCUUUCUUCCAUUGAGGAUUUGGCAGUGGAUAAUGACAGCAGACCUACGUCGAUUGCACUAAAACCAUUGGUAAAAUUGGGACCGAAAGCAAGCAAUAAAAAGGUGUUAGUUCCAAUGCCAAAGUCCGAUGGAUGUGCACGCACAUCUAUUAAUGGCUGGCAUUGGCGUGCAUGGUCAUUAAAGGCUAGUCCUAAAGAGAGAGCCAGUGUUAGGGGAAGUUCUUGCGUGCACACGCAACAUUUUGGUUCCAAAAUUAGUUCUUCUCAAAACGUUCUUUCUGCAAGAACUAAUAGGGCAAAGAUGCGUAAUCUUCUAGCUGCUGCCGAUGGUGCUGACCUCUUAAAAGUUUCUCAGUUGAAGGCUAGGAAAAAGCGCUUGCGGUUUCAACAAAGCAAAAUUCAUGAUUGGGGUCUUGUCGCACUUGAACCAAUUGACGCAGAGGACUUUGUGAUCGAAUAUGUUGGAGAGUUGAUACGUUCUUCUAUAUCUGAGAUCCGUGAACACCAAUAUGAAAAGAUGGGAAUUGGAAGCAGUUAUCUUUUCAGGCUUGAUGAUGGCUAUGUGAUUGAUGCCACAAAGCGAGGUGGCAUAGCAAGGUUUAUAAACCAUUCAUGUGAGCCUAAUUGUUACACCAAGAUUAUAAGCGUGGACGGUAAGAAGAAGAUAUUUAUUUAUGCGAAACGGCAUAUUGACGCUGGUGAAGAAAUAAGUUACAACUACAAAUUCCCGCUUGAGGACAACAAAAUCCCUUGCAACUGUAAAGCGCAAAAGUGCCGUGGAUCACUGAACUAGGAGGGAUGUGGCUGGUAGAAGAAACUGAAUCAGAUGUAUACUAUGUACGGGAAUGUUUUUUGGGGUUCACGUGAAGAAGAUGGACGAAUCUACCUUUUUGCGGUAGACAUGUCCAGCAGGCAGCAGCAGAUGAGUAUCCUCUCUUUGAACACAAACUGUAACCAUUUUAUCCCACAUACUAACAGUUAUAAAUAAGUUAUUUUCUUUUUGAUAUUUUUCUAGUUUUCUUUUGUUGUUGUUGCCAUCAACAACGAAAAAUAUCCAAUGCUAAGUUAAUAAUAAAUCUAUUUUAUUAUUAUAAUUAACUUAAUUCCUUAUGAAUUUAAAGAAACGAGGUUGAUAUUUAUUGUGUUUCGUGUAACAAAACAAAAGGUUAUUAUUGCUAAGCAUUUUUAGCUGUCCAUUGUAAAAAACAAAUGCCAACUUAUAGAAAUCAGAACUUUGUUGGAUUGGUUUCAUUUGAGCAGAAAGAAAGGAGAAGAGAGAUUAUCAUUGUCACGGCUCAAUGAAAGCUAAGUGGUUUGUUUCUGAACGUUUAAAGCAUUUUAUUGAUAUUUUUGGGUUGUGUUAAUAUAGCAUGUAUAGUUUUUAAUGUUUUUUUUGGUUUGCAGGAAUUGUAAGUAAAAAAAAGAUUAGCAAUGUGAUAAUUCCAUUUCCACAACCGCAUUGUGCUUGAUAUGCAAAAUUGCUUCAUCAGACGCGAAACGGGACAGGCCCUACUUUUGCUCUAUCUAGUUAAAAGGCAAUAUUGGAGUAGUGUUGCCUUUCUUUCCCCUGGCUGUUUGGGUUUGCCAAAGACAAUUUGUUCAUCGACUUCGUUUCUUGUCGUUGGGGUACCAAGUUUUUUCUAUCUGUAGUUUGCAAACUAUUUAUUGUAUGAAUUAAAAUAUUUGAAUCAUUAAAACACUUGAAAUGGUGCCAGUUA